GACAGAGAGGCAGAACUCCAGGUCAGGGAGGUUGAAUGAGUCUUCAGUGUGUGAGGGGUUUCCAUUGGAAAGGCUUACUAUGGCAGCAUUUCUUCCCAUCUCUCUGCUUUUAUUUUCACCUUGUGGAUUCUUUGUCUUUGUUUGUGGCCACUUGACAGAUUUCACAUUACCAGUUAACCCCAGUGUGGUUUCAGGUGUAGAUCUUGCCACAAAGAGUCUUUUUUCUGCAGGGACUUCCAAUGCUUCAGAGGUUCCCACCACAGAAUUCACAACCAGUUACAGAAAGUCAACAGCUGAAACCACUACAGAGCGCCCGACUGGGAAGAAAGGUCAGAAACCAGUGAGGAAAGUCCUGAAAACGGAAAAAGAAGAAGAUGAAGGACCCAUGGAAUUGGCAAAAAGAUCCACAAGAAGCCUUAUGGUAGCAAAGAAGCUCAAAAAUGUCCUGAAGAAACCAAAAGUCAUUCCUAGGAAGCCAAAGGUCACUAAAACACCAAAACCAGAGAUCAAAAAGGUCACUCAUCACCAGUCAGCCGCCACAAAAACUGCCUCACAAUGUCCUCCUCUCGGUCUGGAGUCACUGAGGGUGAAAGACGCUCAUCUGAGGGCUUCAUCCUACAAGCGACGAGGCCUGGGUCCUCACCGCGGCCGACUCAACAUCCAGUCUGGAAUAGACGAUGGGGAUAUCUAUGAUGGGGCCUGGUGCGCUCGGUACAAAGACAAGAACCAAUGGCUGGAAGUUGAUGCCCAAAGGCUGAUCCGGUUUACUGGGGUCAUCCUGCAGGGGCGCAAUUCCAUCUGGAGUUGGGACAUGGUCCAAACGUACAAGGUUCAGUUCAGUAAUGACACGCUGCUCUGGAAGCCCUGCAUGAACGGGAGCAAAGAGGCUAUAUUUGAAGGAAACCAAGACACAGAAACUCCCGUCCUCUCCCUGUUCGACAGUCCCACAGUGGCACGUUACAUUCGGAUCAACCCUCAGACGUGGUAUCAGAACGGGACAGAGGGAGACAUUUGCCUCAGGGCAGAAGUGUUGGGAUGCACACUUCCUGAUCCCAGUAAUGUCUAUGCAUGGCAGACAGAACCAACAGAGUCCAGAGACAAACUGGACUUCAAGCACCACAACUAUAAGGAGAUGAGAAAGUUGAUGAAGUCUGUGCAUGACGAAUGCCCCAACAUCACACGUAUUUACAGCAUCGGGAAAAGCUACAAGGAUCUGAAGCUUUACGUCAUGGAGAUCUCAGACAAUCCUGGAAAACAUGAACUGGGAGAACCAGAGUUUCGGUACGUUGCAGGGAUGCAUGGGAAUGAGGUGCUGGGUCGGGAGCUUCUGCUCAACCUGAUGCAGUACAUGUGCCGAGAGUACAAACGAGGAAACCAGCGGAUCGUCCAUCUGGUCAAAGAGACUCGCAUUCACCUUUUGCCCUCCAUGAACCCCGAUGGAUACGAGAUGGCCUUUAAGAAGGGCUCCGAGCUGGUCGGCUGGGCUCUGGGACGUUACAGCUACGAAGGCAUCGACAUGAACCACAACUUUGCUGAUCUCAACUCAGUGAUGUGGACCGCCAUCGAGCUGGAGACAGACCAGUCCAAACUCAUCAACCACUAUUUCCCCAUCCCUGAACAAUACACCUCUGAAGAGGCUUUUGUUGCACCUGAAACUCGAGCUGUGAUCAACUGGAUGCAGAACAUCCCGUUUGCUCUGGGUGCAAACCUCCAUGGAGGAGAACUGGUCGUCACCUACCCGUACGACAUGACCCGGGACUGGGCGCCGCGCGAACACACCCCCACCCCUGAUGAGAGCUUCUUCCGCUGGCUGGCUGCAGCUUAUGCCAGCACCAAUCAGGUGAUGUCCAACCCAGACCGAAGGCCAUGCCACAACAAGGACUUCCUCAGAUACAACAACAUCAUCAAUGGGGCCGACUGGCACAACGUACCUGGAAGCAUGAAUGAUUUCAGCUACCUGCACACCAACUGCUUCGAGGUAACCGUGGAGUUGUCCUGCGAUAAGUUUCCUCACGCCAGCGAACUUCCCAUCGAGUGGGAGAACAACAGAGAGUCUCUGCUGGUUUACAUGGAGCAGAUCCAUCGUGGAAUUAAGGGUGUGAUACGGGACAAAGACACUGGGGUGGGAAUAGCAGACGCCACCAUCAAAGUCGAGGACAUCGAUCAUCACAUCAGAUCAGUGGUUGAUGGCGACUACUGGCGCUUGCUGAAUCCAGGUGAGUACCGCCUGACGGUCAGCGCUGAAGGCUACUUCCCUUCCUCCCGUACAUGUUACGUCAUGUACGACCACUUCCCUACAAUCUGCGACUUCAACCUCACCAAGACACCCAGACGGAAAGCAAAGGACAUUCUGGCAAAGGGGGGGAAACUUCCGAAAGACCUGCAGCUGAGGCUGCGGCAGCUACGAAUGAGGAAACUCCGCGUCACCACCAAGGCCAUCAACCAGCGGCGUGCUGCGGCCGCUGGCAAACGAGCAAAACGGGUCUGAGAGCAAAGCAGGGCUUGGUUCAGAGACACCAAAACUCACUGGAUUUAGCAUUAGAUUCUAUGUUUGAAAAUAUAUUUAUCUGGGCAGAGCAG